AAAGAAUCAUUUGCCCAUUCUUGAAUCUUGAUUUCAUAAAUCCAUAAGCAGAACCUCUCUUAUUCAUCACUUUUUUAAAUCAACGAUACCCUAAUCCCUUUUCAUGGAAAUUUUGCCUACAGAUAUAAUAACCUUAAUCAUCUCGAAACUACCUGUAAAAUCUCUUUGUCGCUUUAAAUGUGUAUCAAAAUCAUGGAAUUCACUCAUUUGUGACCCUCAUUUCUUGAUCCUUAACCUCGUUCAUUCCCUAUCUUCAAACAAACGCCUUCUUAUAAUCAACUAUGGGACCCACCUUGAUUCCAUGUCAUUUGAUAUGGGCACUAAUUUCGAGGCGAAAUUCUUAAAAAGGUUUGAUUUCCCAACCCAUUUUUCUUCUGGUUAUGAUGUUUCGAUUGUUGGGUCUUGUAAUGGGUUAAUCGCAUUGAGUUUUAAGAAUCUUGAUAACCCUUUAUUAAUUGAUGUUGUUUUGUGGAACCCAUGUAGUAAUACCCAUUUUGUAUUGCCUUCUGAGAGUUUGAGUUCGGAUGAUUUGGGUACGGAUUAUACUGGUUUUAGUUUCGGGUUUGGAUAUGAUUAUGUGAGUGAUGAUUAUAAGAUUGUGAGGAUUGUUGAUUACUUUGUGAACCAUGAUGCUGAUCGCGGUGAUGGUGGAAGUGACGGCGGCGGUGAUGGUGUCAAUGACAAUGUUAGUGGUGGUGGUGGUGGUGACGAUGACCGUGAUAGUGAUGGUGACGAUGACAAUGUCGGUGGUGGUGACGAUGACAAUGGAAGUGAUAGUGGUGGUAGUGAUACUGGUUCCCCUAAUAGAUUUGGGUACAUAAUCAAGGAAAUUAAGGCAUAUAGCUUGAAGGAUCAUUGCUGGAAAUUGGUUAAUGUAGAAGUUUCUGGUGCUACUAUAGUAUGGUGUGAUCCUGGUGCAGUUAUUAACAAUCAUAUUGUGCAUUGGAUGUUUUGGGAAAAUCUCCAAUAUAAGCCUCAAAUUCGAGGGUUUGAUCUUUUAUCCAUGGAUUGGAGUAAUUCCUUGCCGUUACCUGAUUUGAUUAAAAAAGAUGAAUUGGGUUAUGAUUCAGAGGGUGAAUUGCUGUUAAAUCAUAAUGGAUUUGACCCUAGGGAUUUUGUUGUCCUUGGGGUAUUAGAUGAAUGUUUAUGCCUAGUGACUCGAAUUUGCUCGAAAUUUGAUAAUGUUUUUGUGUGGGUGAUGAAAGAGUAUGGUGUUCAAGAGUCAUGGACUAGAUUGUUUAAUGUUGUUGAUGCUGGUAUUGUUGGAUCAUUGUUGAGUGCUCCUUUGGGUUGUUCUAAUGGAGGUAAUGAAUUUUUGUUGAGAAAAGAAGAUGAUGAUGGUGUACUUUAUCAUUAUAAUUUGAGUGGGAAAAUGAUGAAAGUUGUUUCUGAGAUUUCAAGGGAUUUGAAGAUUUCUGAUGUGAAUGUUUGUGUUGAGUGCCUUGUUUCUACUACGAAGAUGAUGGGAGUUGUGGUGGAUGAGAGCCAAGAGACUAAUGAAUAAGUGACCAAUGAUCUUCUUUAAUGUCUUAGAUGCUAAUAUUGUAAUUAGGUGAUACAUCUUACAUGAUUUUCAUCUCAUAUGAUUUGCUAAUCUACAUGCGAAUCAGGAACAAAAAAAAAAGUAAAUAAUUGUCAGUUUUUGCUAUUUUCAUUACAAUAUUAAAAUGAUUUUGCGACAAAGAAGUUUUGUCACUUAAUUUGUCACAAAAAAGGUUUGGCAACAAAAUACUUUGUCACUAAAAAAGUAAUUUGUCACCAUAAUUGUCGCUAGCCUGGCGACAAAAUCAAA